GCAUUUCACACUAUUAUGAAGCCUCUAAUCUUUCUAAUUACUAUCACCAUGUUACUACUUCUCACUGGAUUUUACAUUUCGCCAUCUUUCAUAGUUGCCGUUUUUGGAGUUUUUACUUCGCUUCUGCUUCUACUCUUGACUCUGGUGUUUGGACCUUACUUCAUAGAAUUGAUGUCAACUGACAACCGCCCACCAGUAGUCGGACCAAUACUCAAUCAACUCAUACAUUUUGAAAAGCUUUACGAUUACAUGACAUCAAUAGCUAAACAGCAUUCCACUUUUCGUUUCAUCAGGCCUACACACAGUGAAGUGUAUACUGCUGACCCUCAGAAUGUUGAGUACAUUCUCAGGACUAAUUUUGUAAAUUACACCAAGGGGGAGUACAAUACUUGUAUCAUGAAAGAUCUUUUUGGAAACGGAAUUUUCACUGUGGAUGGAGCUAAAUGGCGCCAUCAACGAAAGCUUGCAAGCUUUGAGUUCUCAACAAAAGUCUUACGAGAUUUUAGUAGUAUUAUUUUUAAGUCCAACACUGCAAAACUAGUGAAACAUAUUUCGUUACUAGCAGCUGCUGGGAAUGCAAUGGAUUUGCAGGAUUUGUUAAUGAAAUCGACUCUAGAUUCAAUGUUCAAAGUGGGAUUUGGGUUUGAUCUUGAUACUCUGUCGGGGUUAGAUGAAGCUAGUAAUCAAUUUAUGAAAGCUUUUGAUGAUUCAAACGCUUUAGUCUAUUGGCGAUUUAUGGAUCUUCUAUGGAAAGUAAAGAGGUACUUAAGUAUUGGAUCUGAAACCACUCUUAAGGAUAACAUCAGAAUCAUUGACAGUUUUGUGUAUAGAUUAAUACACAAUAAGAGAGAGCAGAUGAAAAAUGAAAAUCAUAAUAGGAAUAAAGAAGACAUACUGUCAAGAUUUUUGAUGGAAAGUGAAAACGAUCCAGUGAAUAUGAACGAUAAGUAUCUGAGAGAUAUAUCACUGAGUUUUGUGAUUGCGGGAAAGGAUACAUCUGCAAACACACUCACUUGGUUCUUUUACAUGCUCUGCAAACAACCCUUGGUUCAAGAAAAGGUUGCCCAAGAAGUAAAAAAAGUGACUGAAGCCGACGAUGGUACAUCUAUUGAAGACUUUGGCUUCAAGUUAACAGAGCUUGUGCUUGACAAAAUGCAUUAUCUUCAUGCAGCUAUAUCAGAGACACUCAGGCUCUAUCCUGCAGUUCCUUUGGAUAGCAAGAGUGCGCAGAAAGAUGAUGUUCUUCCUGACGGGUUUAAGAUCAAGAAAGGGGAUGGCGUAGGGUAUAUUCCUUAUCCAAUGGGAAGGAUGACAUACAUAUGGGGAGAUGAUGCAGAGGAAUUCCGACCAGAGAGAUGGCUCGACGUCAAAGGCGUUUUUAGACCUGAAAGUCCAUUCAAGUUCACUGCUUUUCAGGGUGGGCCAAGGAUAUGCUUAGGGAAGGAAUUUGCUUAUAGACAAAUGAAGAUACUCGCAGCGUAUCUUGUUUACUUCUUUAAGUUCAAACUUGUUGAUGAGGGUAAAGAUGCUACAUACCGAACCAUGUUCACUCUGCACAUGGAUGAAGGACUCCAUUUGUAUGCUUUUCUCCGUUAGUCAUUUAAAUACUGUAUACCUGUAAAUAAUUCUUGUUACAUUACAAUAUGAAUAAAUUGUAAGCAUAAUAUCACGAUCAAAUCAAUAAUUUUGAUGAGAUGAUUAUAUAAUUAAUAUGGUAAAGGAAUUGUUGGCA